CAGUCGACGACGACGACGACGACGACGUCCGACGGCGGACCAACACGGCCAAGUUACACUUCGCGCAUUACAGUCACAGCUACUACCUAGGGGUUAGCCACGAGUGCGACCUGUUUAUAUGCUCUUUGCCUUUGCCUAUUCCUAUUCCUAUUCGCGUCGUGUCGUCUGCCAUAGCUGCGAGUGACAUGUUGUGUGCCGCUGCACCCUGAAACAUUCCGUGCUACAGAGAGCUUGUCCUCUGCAUCUUUGCCCUUCUGGAAGCCUUUACGACUCCAGCUCUAGAAGACACCCAUCCACUCGUUGGCCUACCGCACCACAUGCCCGGCUAUUCAACGCGCCUAUAGCCAUGGCCACACUGGGCUCGCCGUCGCCCCCGGCUUCGCCUUCACGAACGAUGCGCCGCCGCGGCUGGGCCAGGAAAGUCGAGCGCUACUGCUGCACUGCCGUCACUUUCUUCCCGCUGUUCUUCGUGUACGGCCUGACGUCGUGGGCCGUGUGGGUAGAGGCAGGCAUCGGCCUGGUGCCCUCCAAGAAUGUCUGGACUGGAAAGUUCUCCUCGGCGCUCGGCGUCUUCUUCUAUCUCAUGCUCAACUGGAGCUACUCGACCGCCGUCUUCACCGAUCCUGGCUCGCCGCUGAACCUGAAUAAUGGCUAUAGCCACCUGCCAACACAAGAAGGAGGGGGGCUGCAGUACACGUCAUUCACGGUCAAAGCCUCAACUGGCGAUUUGAGGUUCUGCAACAAGUGCCAGUCUAAGAAGCCAGAUCGCUCCCACCACUGCUCAACCUGCAAACGAUGUGUCUUGAAAAUGGACCACCACUGCCCUUGGCUUGCGACGUGCGUUGGCCUCAGAAACUACAAGGCCUUCUUGCUCUUCCUCGUGUAUUUGACCUUCUUCUGCUGGACCUGUUUCGCCGCGUCUGCAACGUGGGUAUGGAGUGAGAUCCUAAACGACGAGCAGUUCACCGAAUCAUUCAUGCCCGUCAACUAUGUCUUGCUUGCUGUACUGUCCGGCAUCAUCGGAAUUGUAAUAUCUGGCUUUACUGCAUGGCAUCUGUGGCUGACUGUUAAGGGGCAAACAACAAUCGAAAGCUUGGAGAAGACGCGCUACUUGUCACCGCUCAGACAAGCUAUGAAGCACAAUCUUAACGACCGUAACUAUGUCGAUGCUCAAGCGAAUGGGCGACUAAGCAUCAGCGAUCAAUUGCGCGAAAUCCAUGCGAAUGUCCUGCCAGGAGUGACUAGGCCUGAGGAAGGUGAGGUCCCCUCGCGUUCAACAUCCCGCUCUCCGGUACCAGGCCACGCCCCGACGAGCAAUGGCUAUUCACACCCGAACAGCCAAGCAUACGAAUAUCGAGAACGUCAACAGAACCAAGAACGCUACGAUAAUUACCUCGAUGAAAGAGAUAACGAGAUGCUCCCCAAUGCCUUCGAUCUAGGCUGGAAACGCAACAUCAACCAUGUCUUUGGUCCGUCCCCGAUAAAAUGGCUCCUUCCGAUCUGCAACACCACAGGGGAUGGAUGGUCAUGGGAGCCGAGUCCGAAAUGGCUUGCAGCACGGGAGAGCAUAAAGCGGGAAAGGGAGGUGGAAGAGCAGCGACAAAAGCAGCGUGAGCGAGCUGCCGGUUGGGGUGUCGAUUCUCCUACUGAAGCAGAGUUUAGGCGCCCCACCCGAACUCCAGAGGGUUGGCAACCUAUCCAGCACAACCAACCUGUUACCCGACAACCCCACCGGCCCGAGUGGCAGUCACCGCUGCGCCAUGGGGAACAAGCACAAUACCUUACCACCUCCAAUGGCAUCCUGAAGUCUCCACGAGAAGGCCGAAGAAGUCCGAGCAAAGCGGAUCAAAUCCUGGGAAGAGAAAACGGCAUGUACGCCGACGGUGACGUGCAACUUCAGAAUAUCGACCGCAGGAAGUUUGACCAGUAUAACUACAUUUCUGAAGAUGAAGAUGAAGACUACGAGGUCUCUAGCGAUGAGCAAGCCGCCGAUCAAAGGAGCGCCCAAAAGACCAAGACCGUCUCAGCACCCCCUAAGGGGACGAAGAAUUGGAACGACAUCCCAGAGGGCUUUUUAAAUCCAGCGCCGAGGGGAAAGAAGAGUGCCAGUCAAGAGAGGAAGCCGAGCCCGCUAAAGACAGAGGGGUGGGAUGAUUGGACGGCCUAAAAUAGGCAUCAUUGGGGGGUAUGGAACACGAUGGGAUGUUGGUAUGUAUACAUGUAAUUCUGCAUACGAAGGCGUCUCUUGCAUAUGGCGGCGUUCUUCACCUGAUACUAGACGUUGGAUGUAAAAACUGGGUUUAUGAUACGAUAGGUAUUUAAGUAAAUACGAACAUUUUCAACUUCUUGACAAC